AUGCGGACUCGAGAAUAUUCCACAUCGAAUGUUCAGCACGGAGUAAAUCCCGAUAUCUUAAUAUCCUUUCGUAACGGUGUUCACACAUUUGCGAAUCGACGCAAUGGUGAUGUUUGUCCAUAUGCACUCGACGGUCCUGAUGACGUACUCGCUCACGCAUUCCCUCUCAGCGAUCGUGAUGGUCAAAUCGCCGAGAUACAUGUUGACAAAACGGAACCGUGGUAUAUACAGCUAAAUAUGAAUCCUCCGGAAAAAAUACAUUUACUUCUAAUAUUGACACACGAAAUCGGUCAGGCUUUAGGAUUACAUCAUAGUCCGCGCAACGAUUCGAUAAUGUUUGCAUAUGCAACCUCAAAGUAUCCCGGAGAGUUGAAUAUAGAAGAUAUAUUAGCAAUUCAAUAUUUAUACGGAGUUAAGUACAAUUCCCCAAAAACGGAAUCCGUACCGAUGACGACUACAGAAAUGACUCCCACAACAACAACAACAACAACAAAGCCCGAAUACGUGGAUCUGUGCGAUUUGAAAUAUGUUGACAACAUACUAGUAUUAGAUCAUCGAAUAUUCGUAACAUAUCAACGUUACGUUAGGACAGAUCGAAUUUACAUUGUCGAUUAUCCUAGUUUUACAUUAAGCGCGGGUUGGCCAAGAACUCUCAAGGACAUAGGACUUCCAACAACCGCGAUAAUCAUUGCUGCAAUAAAUACCAACAAGGGACGAACAUAUGUGAUCUUCAACGGUCAAACCAUAGCCGAGAUAAACGAAUGUACAAUGACUGUUAUUAAAUAUCACACUUUACAAAUGGUAUUUCCAGUAAUACCAUCAGAUAUGACACUAGCAUAUCGUUACAUUGAUGGUUCCUGUAAUCCAAUGGACGGUGUUUUCGUCAAUCUAAUGAAGUAUGCUCGCGAGGUACAGUUUUCGGUCAUCUUGUGA